UCAAAUAAGAGCAUGUAGAUUGCCUCAGAAUGUAAACAAAUUUGUACAAGGCAGGUACCACAGUUUUUUGCAAUUAAACUUACCACCACCACAUAAUUGAUGGCACGUUUAACAUAUUGGUAAAUACAUUACUAAUGUUUGGUUGACAGUCGGUGAUGCGUCUUACAAUUUGUCGGCACAAACAACUAAAUAGAAGUAACGUUAGCUGCAUACAGUACAAUGAGGAGCAACUCGUCCACCUCAAUGGUUCACACUCUCAGCUUCGGGUCUGUCCAUCAAAGCCCCCCGCUGAGUUCAAAUUUUGGACUGACACAUGGCCUGUUGGACUCAGCUGCCGAACAGUUAAUGGUUCAGAAGGAUUUCCAAGCUGCGUUCGACACAUGUGAGAGAGGCCUGGAGAGCCUUUUAAACGCGGAGCAAGAGGACAGCAGGUAUGGUGAGUUGAAGGCUGCAAUCUGCAUUGUGGGGAUUCAAGCAUUGGCUGAACUCAAUCAGUGGCCUGGUGUACUGGCAUGGAUUCUGCAGCAUUAUGAGUGCCCUGAGAAAAUACCUGCCAAAAUAAUGCAGAUGUGCAUACUCCUAUACACCAAAGUGGGUGAGCAAGCUAUGAUGCAGGAGGCAGGCAAUGUUUGGCUGUGCUGUCCAUCCAAUGGGAGAUUGGCAGGAUUUGGGACUGUAGCAGAGCUGUAUUUACUGCAUAUUCUAGUGCCUUUAGGUCAUAUGACAGAGGCACGGGAGUUGGUUUCUGGUGGGGUGGGAGGUAUUUCAUUCACAGAGGACCAGAAACAAACAGCACUGGAUAUCGUGGAGAAUAAAGAGAACCUCAGCCAAGAACAACCUCCAAGCCCUAGUCCAAACCCCAGUCCUGUGGUGGUGGCUGCUGGACUUAACACACCUCAAGGUGCUGUGAUUCAGAAACUUGAGGCCUUGCUUAGGCUUUUCAACAGAGGACUAUCAGUAGCCAGUGCUGGGUCAUUCCCUCUUCGGAGAGUCUUUCUGGCUGUGGUCCUUCUCUAUAUGCUUUUUGUCCGGAUGGAUCCAGCUCAUCCCUCAUCUUUCCCCUGGAUCUCACGGCUGCUGCAGAUGCUGAAGCAGAUGUGGGACGCCAUGUUUGCUCCUUACUAUCAAGCCAGAGCUCAGAGCUAAGAACUGUAAAACCAUACAGCCUGGUGCUGGGACAUCAUGAGAUCACCGUUGACCCUUAAUCAUGUAAAUAUGAAUUACUGACUGAGAUAAAGAGAGAAAAUCAGGGGUGCUUUUGUUGCCAGCCACAACAACAUGGAUACCUGUCAUAUCAGAAUGUGAACAACAUGGAUACCUGUGAAGGCAGACUGUGAGCAACAUGGAUACCUGUGAACGCAGAAUGUGAACAACAUGGAUACCUGUGAAGGCAGAAUGUGAACAACAUGGAUAGCUGUGAAGGCAGAAUGUGAAAGUAACAGGCAGAAUUAAUUUCCCUGGUGUUGCAGAUUCAGUUGCUCCCAUAUAUGUGUGCGUGUGAGCGAGCGAGAAAGCGAUUGAGUGUGUGUGGUGACACACAUUUUGUGUUGAUAUGAAUGGCCCAGUCCAAAAUAACUGUUAUAUGGAGGCAAGCUAAUUAUAAAUCAGAUGCAUGUCAGACAAAUUAUAACUUUUACUUUGACAGAUUUUUAAUUGGUAAAAUUAUAAUCUUCUCAUUAUACAUGAGUCCAGUAUCUUUCAAUAGGGUCUGGCUCCAGCAGAUACCUUCUCAGGACACAGACGCUGUGAGGUAUACGGGCUCAGACAGGUUGAAUGGUGCAUGUAUUAGCGAGCCAGUGUGUACUAGCUAGCUAGUAAUGUGUACUAGCUAGUUAGUAGUGUGUACUAGCUAGCUUGUGGUCCUCUGUAGCUCAAUGUGGUCCUCUGUAGCUCAAUUGGUAGAGCA